GUUCAUUGUGUUAAUCGAGGUUACGCUGUAAAAAAACGUUUUUUGAACAGCAACUGCAAAAAGGCGGACAAUUUUUGUGUUUUGAAAAUUCACACAUUCGAUUUCAUCAUCGAACUUCAAAAAAAAAAUGCUUCGAAGUAAAGUUCCAUCGAUUGUUGCCAAACGAAAAUCUUUAGGCCAAACGGAUAAUAAUGAAAAUCAAUUGAUUACAAACGGUGUUAGUCAUCUUAAUUCAGAGGAUGAUAAUGUAAGACAUAAUCCAAAACGUUCAUGUAAAACUCGUCGUGUAGCAUUGAUAUCUGUAAAAAAUUCAUUUACAUUUCGGCCAAAUCUAAAACUUGUUGAUGAUAUUCUUCGAGAACGUGAAUCACAUAAUGAUCUCAUUCAAAAAAUUUUGAAUCGUCCAUUUAAAAUUCCAAUUGAUAAUUAUUCAGGAUCAUCAUAUCGAUCAUUAGGAGUUAAAUUAACAGGACCAAGACGGCCAUUAUUUGAUCCAGAUGCACCGAAUGCACUGAUAUUGUAUGAACCACCGCCAAUAAAUGCACAGGAGAAAUUGACAAACAAAGAUUAUAAAGUUCAUGUGGUUGUUGAUCCUGUUUUAUGUAAUGUUCUUCGACCUCAUCAGCGUGAAGGCGUCAAAUUCAUGUGGGAUUGUGUGACCGGUUUAAAAAUCACCGAUCAAUUUGGUUGUAUUAUGGCCGAUGAAAUGGGUCUUGGUAAAACAUUGCAAUGUAUAACGUUAUGUUGGACACUUUUACGACAAGGACCAGAUGCACGAGCUACUAUCGAUAAAGCUGUAAUUGUUGCGCCUAGUAGUUUAGUAAAAAAUUGGUACAAUGAAAUCAAUAAAUGGCUUGGCUGUCGUAUCAAUGCAUUGGCUAUUGAUGGUGGUUCGAAAGAAGAAAUUGAUCGAAAACUUUCAUCAUUCAUUCAAACAACAUCAGGUCGUCGUUGUUGUCAACCUAUUCUGAUCAUAUCAUAUGAAACAUUUCGUCUACAUACUAAUAUUCUACAUACAGGUGAUAUUGGUCUUGUAAUAUGUGAUGAAGGCCAUCGACUUAAAAAUCAAGAAAAUCAAACCUAUUUAGCAUUGAAUCAGAUUCGUGCUAAACGUCGUGUUCUAUUGUCCGGAACACCGAUUCAAAAUGAUCUUUUAGAAUAUUUUAGUCUCGUACAAUUUGUAUGUCCUGGAUUAUUGGGAACUUCGGCCGAUUUUCGUCGUCAUUAUGAAAAUCCGAUUUUAAAAGGACGUGAUGCCGAUGCAACCGAUGAUGAUAGACGUCGUGGACAAGAACGAUUAAACGAAUUAAUCGGUUUAGUCAAUAAAAUUAUGAUACGAAGAACAUCAAAUAUUUUGUCCAAAUAUUUACCGGUUAAAAUUGAACAAAUUGUUUGCUGUGGACUUACUGAAUUACAACUACGAAUAUAUCAAGAAUUUCUUAAUUCAAAAGAACUUGCUAAAGUUAUACGCGACAAUCCGGAUCAUCAUUCUACAGGCAGCCGUGGUGGUGGAAAUGCAUCACUAGUUGCAAUAACAUUCCUGAAAAAAUUAUGUAAUAGUCCGCAAUUAGCUUACGAUAUGAUCAUUGAAAAUCAGAAAAAGAAACAAGAAGGAAAAAAUGCUUCCGAUCUGGAUUUCUUAUUGAAACAUUUUCCUGAUGAUUUUCGUUCAUUUAAUAGUCGUCAAGUGGAGCCAACAUUAUCGGGAAAAUUAAAAGUAUUAGAUAUGUUAUUGGCAUAUAUUCGAAGUGAAACCACUGAUAAAGUUGUUUUAGUAUCCAAUUAUACACAAACAUUGGAUUUAUUUGAAAAAUUAUGUCGUUCAAGAAAUUAUCGCUAUGUACGUUUAGAUGGUACUAUGUCGAUAAAGAAACGUGGAAAAAUUGUUGAAACAUUUAAUGAUCCGAAUAGUAUGGAUUUUAUAUUUAUGUUAAGUAGUAAAGCAGGUGGUUGUGGUCUAAAUCUUAUCGGUGCAAAUCGUUUGGUUAUGUAUGAUCCGGAUUGGAAUCCGGCUAAUGAUGGUCAAGCAAUGGCUCGAGUAUGGCGUGAUGGACAACGUAAACAAUGUUAUAUUUAUCGUUUACUAACUACCGGUACAAUUGAAGAGAAAAUUUUCCAACGUCAAACACAUAAACGUGCAUUGAGUACAUGUGUUAUCGAUAAUAUGGAAGAAGAAGAAGUGGAAAGACAUUUUUCUCUUUCGGAAUUAAAAGAAUUAUUUCGAUUAGAAUUGAAUACCAAAAGUGAUACACAUGAUAAAUUGAAUUGUAAAAUGUGUAAAACAAUUGGUCAAGAACCACCACCAGAUUCUAAUUGUAAUGAUGCCUUAACCGUUUGGUAUCAUUGUUCAGAUAAACGAAAUCUAGUUGAUCAAAUAUUGAAACGUGUAUGGGAUCAAGGUAUUACAUAUUGUAUGCAUCAAAAAUCUCAUGUACAAAAAGAUAUUCCUUGAAUUACCGAUAAUUAA